AUGAUUACGUUGCCGACAAAACAUGCCACCACUGAACAUCGUCCAAAGGCGGGCAACGACGUGAACACAAUUCUUGAUAGCGUGCUUUCGUCGUCAGAUCCGGAGCUCACGACUAGUGAAGCGGACUAUAUCGAUUGGUAUAACCCAGACAUUGAUCUUUCUGGUCUUUGGAGUCUUCAAGGGAAUGAAACGGCUAGUCAAAGCCCCCUAUCCGGAUGGUCAUCCCUCGAGGGGGAACAACUGGACUCGCUGUUCAACAUAUCCAUACCAGCACAGCCGACCGCCAAUUCUCGCUCGCUCAUCAUGCGUCCAAAUAUAAAGACUGGGGCGCAUGGAAUUGCGAAUCUUAUAUUACACACUCUAAAAUCCUACCUGCUGAUGAUGCUGCGCCACAGUACCCUUCCGCCAUUUAUUCAUCCACGGACAAUAACUCGUGAUUUUGACAAGUUCGACGUAGAACCACUCACCAACUGCAUCAGCCUGAUGCAUAUCCUCAGAAGUGAGAUCAGAGGAAGUCGAAAACUGUUCUGGAAAAAUGUGCGGCUGGAAUGUGAGCGCCUGCUUGCCGAUCAUCCGCGGUUAAGUGAUUGGGAACUGCUUGCUGGUAAGCAAGCCAUCUCCAUCUAUAUCCUCAUUCGACUGGACGAAGGUGCCACAGAGCAGAAUAACUUCGACCCAUUACUACUCGCAACCGUCGCUGCAAUCUCAAAGCAAUUAAAGGGUGGCGACAUGGUACGCAAGACACAGCUCAUGUGCCGUAAUGGCAGUCUUGACACAAAUUGGGAAGACUGGAUUUUCGAAGAAUCCGAACGAAGGUUGGACUUGGACCUGCCCUUGGCGAAAAAACAUCGUUCUACAGCACUAAUUCAACCCCAAAGGCUAUGCGUGAUACACCGAGUCGUGAAUUUGCUUGUUUAUUUUGACCCAGCGGCAAUAUGUGACAUGUCGUCGGAAUUUGUGAUAGCGCCACUGCCGGCAAAGAAACAGCUAUGGGAGGCAAGUGAUGAGCUCACAUGGCGGACAGAGAGCAAGAAAGCCCCCAAGAUCCAGACUUGCUUUGGAUUGGCAAAAACUGGGAAAAUUAAAAAACUGCACGAAGUGCAGCCAGGUGGAAGCGACAGCGCGUCUCCCUGCGAGACUGUCAAUGCCACCACCUCAGAAAGCGCGGGACAUUGGGAGGAAUGGUGCUCGGGGAUGGAUUCCCUUGGUGGAAUUGUCAUGCUUGCUGCUUCAUUGAUAGUUUAG